ACACUUGACUUAUUUGUCCCACCCUAAGAUUCCAUAAUCUUAUCGGAAGUAGUCGCGCGCUGGAAAAGGUUGAAUCGAGAUGGCUGCCGAUGUUAGAAUGGAACCUUCAGCUGUCUAUAUGGUGAAGCACAUGAGGCCAAAUUUUACCAUUCGUUUUCCAGAGGAGCUGAUUUGAAGAAAACUGUGCGCUUUUACAAUGAAAACAGAGGCCAAACAAAGAGGUGCCAAAUCUGAGGAGGAGAGAAGGGCUAGACAUGCCGCAACCUGUAGAAAGUCUCGACAGAGAAUCAAAGGGAAGCGUGAGCAACUUGAACAAGAGAUCCCAAUGUUGAAGACUGAAUCCGGGAAGAUGAAAAUGGAGUUUGAGAAUUACAAAUCUAAAACAGAGCUUGAGCUCCAACAACUUAGGAGAACUAUUGUGGAACAGAAAGCAAGCGAAGAAUUGAUGAAGCAACUCUUCAUUCAUUUGAUGGCAUACUGUGUACGGAAAUUUGGGCAUAACUUUGGUUCGUUUGACCAGGCGGUAAAUUGGUUUGCGUCGCAGAAUUAUGCGGGAGGUGAUCAAGUUUCAAGAGCUUCUGGAGCUGGUUUACAGAAUGUUAAUGAAUUGGUGGGAUCAGUACCGGUUCCAACAAUCGACCGUCAACAUUCCAUGGUUGAUUUUGAUCAGCAAAUGUUUUUUGGCCAGGACUAUACCAACGUUGCUGCCUCUAAUGCUGCUGGUUCCGCAUAUACUGCAAAUCAUGCUGUCUCCUCUGCUGCAGUUUGGAUUAAUUCUGCUGCUGACUCUUCCUUGGGUGCAAAUCAUAACUUGCCUGAGUAUGGUGCCAUGAACAAUCACAAUAACCUUUGCAACAGAGACCUUGCUGCGGGAGUUUCGACUAUUACUGGCUCCUCGUCGGGGGUAAAUCCUACUCUGGUGUUUGGUUCCAUAAAUAAUGAGAAAAAUGAUGAUCUUUUCGACAUUGUUAAAUUCAAGCUUCAGAGUUAGUUUGGAGAUGGUCUCCAUAAGACUCCAUAGAAGCACAACAUUAAUCCAUCUUAGGUCUCAUCUUCGUGUUGUCUGAGAUUAUCGUGCCGUGUUUCCUUCUAUUGCUGGUUGCUGCCUUUUUAUGUUUAUUGUAUCUUUUAAUUAAACUCAAGUUUGUUAAUGUUGAAAGAGAUGCUUGAUUUUUCAUUUACCAAUUUACCAAAUGUACUAUCAAGCCAUCCUCGUCUUCCCAACAUUGAAAUGCAUGGUAAUCGAUUUUAUAAUUUUAUAUUA